AUGUUGUUGCUCCUUCCCAUUUUUUUAUGGCUACAAUGUAUCGUGUUAUUUUCCACGUGCUCAACAAUUUCCAAUGACAAAGGUAAAUAUAGUUGGUCGAACCAUUUUUAAUAUAUAUAAGAAACAUUACAUUACAGAAAAAAUUGUGAAUGCCGCUGUUGAGGCUUUUCGGGCGGUUGGCAAAGAUUGGGAAAUGGAUUUGUUGACGUUGAAAGAAUUGGGACCAAAAACGGAUUUAUUGAUGAAAAAUGUGGUUCCUAUUGGUGCUAUGGUUGUGGAGAUGGCGAAGGUAUUGUAUUUAGAAAUAUCAGGCGAUAUUUAACGGUCUUCAUGUUACAGCGGCCAACUUGGAGGAACUAUGAAGCAAACUAUGAAGCGUUGCUGAACUUUCAAAAUCAAACGGAAGGGAUACGAGAAAAUAUGCAAGAUAAAAUCGACUUUUCUACAAUGAUGCUGGGUGACACAAUACCAAGGCCAAACUACUAUAAGGUAAGCGCCGAUCAAUUUAACUCAUUGCAAUUUGACAUUUCAGAAAGUGAGGGAUCCUAUUGCGAGCAUGAAGUUGCUGAGCGAAAAAUAUCUCAACCCCGAGAUUGUUAACAGAAUUGAUUUUAUCAAUGAUUAUAAGAAAGCAUGUACAACUGGCGAAAGGUAAAAUUGUUUUCAAUGUUUAAUUAAUUGUUGUGCUCAUUUGAAAGAGCAUGUUCAGUAGUACAUUCCUCGAAGGAUUCGAGAAAAGCGAAGAAGAAAACCUAUUCAGGUCGGUUAAGAAAACAUAAAACUUGUGUUUUUGAGGAAAACAUGGGCUGAAUUACAAAAUUCGAAAAAACAGUACCACACCGUGUAUGUAAAAUGUCUUGAAAGUCCAUAAGUACUGUAGCUUAUAUUUGUUUUUGUUUUGAGAAGCUUCCAGAAAAAAUGCCUUCGGGGAAUGUACUAAUUAGAACAUGCUCUUUCAAAUGAGCACAACUUAUUGUUUGCUCGGACUCCACCUUUAACAAUUUAACAAAUUACAUUUUUCAGAGCUCCGGAAUCGAUACUGAUGGUAGGACUUUAAUUUAUUGUCAGUUCGCAAAAAAAUGACCGAAAAUAAAAGAACCUCCGUUUGAAUUGGCGCUCACGUACAGUAGACUAAAAAUGAUGCACAUCAAACUGGUUGGCAAAUAGCCAGCGUGUAAAUUUCGCAUUUUAUUUUUCACAUAGACUCCAAAAUUCAGCGAAGUCUACUGUAGUCUUGGUUUUCUAGGUCAUUUUGGUUCUCUUCCAAAGUUCUUAUUUUUUCGGAAUGACAAUAGUAUUUUCUCAACACGCUGAGAAAACAGGAGAUUUUAUUUUAUUUUUCUCAGCCUACCUGAAAAGGGUUUCUUCCUGUUUUCUUAGCGUUGAGAAGCCCCAUUAGAAUAUUUUGCGAACCGACAUCAUUAAAAUGCUAAAUAGAUAAUUUGACAUCUUGUACAGUAUUUACGAUAUCGAUUGAUCGAGUCGUGUGGAAUUGCAAUCACGCAAAGAGAGGCACAUGAAAUAUCUGAUAUUCGUAAAAGUUUGUGGAAAAUAACUCUUCGAUUGCAAUUUGAUAGAAAUCACCAGGAUUUAACAACAGAGGAGUACAUUCUACCAGCAGGUAUUUAAACAAAAAAUUAUGUUUUUAAUUAAUUUAUCACAGAAUUUAUGGACAUUUAUAAAAAAAUUGACAAAAGCAUUCUUAAUGAAGAUCUGGAUGUCUAUGAUCGACACUUUAAAAAUCAUCAAGAAGCUCUUGAAGCCGUUUUUGAUGAACUGCGAGAUCGAGCAUCAAUUGAGAAAUUGGAAAAUUAUGAAACACCGUAAGCAUUAUGAAACUUUUUCAGCAUUAAUUUCUCUUUUUUUUUUCACAGUUGUUUGCUACGUUCAUUCAUUAACAUACGAAACUUUGAUUAUAUUGCCGUUGAAGGAUUUGUAAUGGAGCUGAAGAAUCAAUUAAUUGAUGUGGCAAGUUUUUUAAACUUUAAUUUUUCAGACUUUUCAUAACAAACUUUAGGCUUUCAUAGCGGCAAGUUGUGCGAAUGUAUCUCAUUACGAAGAUGAUGAAUCCAUCAACAAAUAUGCUCAAAAAAUGUCUGACCUGGUUACAGAAAUUUCUUCAUUCACAUCAAAAUGGCUCAAUGACUCACUUGUAUGUUGCUUCUUUUGAUUUUGUUGAUACAUACCUAAAUAAGCGUGUUCUUUUUGCAGAUAUCAGCGUGGCCAUCAGCACACAAUGAAAUUCUGAAUGAAGAGAUCUUGCGAUAUGCAAAAAAACGCACUGGAUACAAUAAUGACAACGAUAUGAUGCGAUUCGUCUCAACAGAACGACUCAGCAGAACGGGAAUUCCCGGGUCAGUGUUAAUAUUUCAUAUUAAUUAAUCAUAUGAUGUUUUUAAAGGGGGGGGGGCCAGGGAAAACCCCCAGGGGAUUUUUUUCUCGAAAGGCCUUAAAAAGUCCGAAAAAAAUAUUCCAUGAACUUUUUUCAAUACUAUCACACCCGUUCAACCAAUGAAAAAAAUUGAAAUUUUGUUUAUUCACACUGCGCGACAAUUUGCAAAGGAACUAGCUAACUAAGUGGCAAAACUAAAUAUACCCACAGCGAAAAAAAAUUAUUUUUUUCUGUUUCCGUGUGGUACGGUGCGCAAUACAGAAAGUGUUUGCACACACAAAGGUUAGACAAAAGUGUUUGCACAGUUUUUUGUUUCGUUUAACAGUAGAAAACACUCGUUGCGUGGCUUGAACGGGUGUGGUAUACGUGGUACCUAGUGUAUGGAACAUUUUUUCUGAGCGUUUCCAGAAAAAAAACCCUUGGAGGGUUAACUACUUUUAAAAUUUUUUUGUGGUGGUCUUACCCCCCUCUUUAAUGAGGCUUUUCAAUGAAAAAAAAUGUUUUCUCAGCGUUAAGAAAACGGGAGAAAAGCGAAGAAAACCUAUUCAAGUCGGUUAAGAAAACAUAAAACACACAAAUUGCGACGAGACCCAACGAAAAACAACAUGUUCCUUUGACCUUUCGCAUUACUGUAUAUUGGUCCCGCUGACGAAUUUCUGCAGUAUCUUAAAGGAACAUGUUGUUUUUUGUUGGGCCUCGUCGCAAUUUGUGUGUUUUAUGUUUUCUUAACCGACUGGAAUAGGUUUUCUUCGCUUUUCUCCCGGUUUCAUAAUGCUGAGAAAACAUACUUUGAGAAAGUUUAAUUUUGCAGCUACUUAUACGAGAUAAUAAUUGUGCGAGCUGUAGAUGAGAACUACGAACUUAUGUUCGAACGAACAGGAGAUCAUUGUUCUCUUACAAUGGGCACAUCCGGUUUUGAUACUAUUAUCGCUCGUGUAUUCGACGACCCUGCGAAAAAACCAACGCCAUUGAGUAUCACAGGUUAGAAAAAAACGUGUUUAAUAGACAAGUAUUCGAGAAGUAUAUUUUUACCAGGCCUAGGAUUUUUCCGUUUACGUUCUUGGGUUUUACGGCUCAAAAAAUCGUAAAAUAAUUCGUUAAAAAAUUAAUAAAUAUAGUUAAUUUUUGACAAAAAUUUUGAUAAAAUUAAAACUUCAAAAAGAUCUACCCAUAAAAAGCGUGCGGGGAACCUUGCCAUUUAGGCCCAACCCUCCAGCUUUGAGCGAGAGUUGAAUUUUUUCUGCAGCAGCGGUUUUUCAUUGGAAAAGGUUCUGUUUUUACCCUUGUGACGCGCCACCUAACAAUUUCCCAGGUCCGAUUUAUUCUUACAGAAGAUGGUGUGAUUCGACUAGUGGGCCUGGUGAAAUACGCGGAAAAAUUGAACAUAACCAUUCAGUCCGAAAUGAAGUAAGUUUGUUUUUGUUGUACAUAUUUAGGCUUAGGUUUAGUUAAGAAAUUUAGACAAGGCCCAGACUUUAGCCCUUUCGUCUUUAAUGAUAGUUUCAAUGACCUGCAAUUUCAGCUCGUUAUAUAACGCAGAAAAUCUUCCACUGAUUGCUGAAACUUUGAAAAAUAAGAUCGGAAAACGAUUCAUCACGCAACAAGAUUUCCAUUGCUGGGCAAUCGUCCGUGAAUGGUCGUAUUUUCCUUGUCCAACAAUCGAUUAUUAUUCGAAAUCAUAUCAGUAUGAUGAUAGAUGGAACAGCACCACUACUUUCAGUUAUAGCAAGAAGGGGCCUCUUCAACACCAAUAUUGCCAAGAGUUUCGCUUCUUUUUCUUUAUGUAA